UCCUGCAUCCAACGGCCACCGACACCGGCACAAAACAGGAAUCUCAAGAAAAAGAGAGAGAGAGACUCAACCGCUCGCCUGCAGCAGCAUCAGCAUUCAACCGCCCGUCAAAGAGCGCCACCAGUGAUCGAGCGCCAUCGCCAAGUGUCCGGUUCUGCACGUGACGCUAAAACGAUAUGUUGCUGCACGCCGUAGCAGUCGCCGGGAAGAUGCCGAUCUGCUUGUCGCUGACGUUGGUGCUGCUCCUUGCCAUGCACCAUUGCCGCGCUGAAGCAGCCGAGUUCGAGGGGCCGAGCAGCAGUAGCGCCGGCAGCAGUGGUGGACGCAGUAAGCGUGGUCCAACCGUCGGUCUGUUUGCGUUCCCGCGCGUUGGCCGCAGUGAUCCGACCGAGCUCGGUCUGGACGGUUGGGAAGCCCCGGUCGGUUCGCUCGACCUCACCGAUGACUACGGUACGGUGGCGGACGACUACCCGGCGAUCAAGGAGAGCAAACGCCAGGGAUUGGUACCGUUUCCGCGCGUUGGUCGCGCCGGUGCCAAGCAGGACCUGGUGAUGGCCGCCACCCGCUACUGGCAGGCCGCCCGGAAUCUGCAGCAACAGCAGCAACAGCAGCAACAGCAGCAACAGCAGAUGCUGCAGCCACAGCCCCAGGUCAUUAUCAAGCGUGCCAGCGGAUCCGGUGCCAACGGGGGCAUGUGGUUCGGACCGCGGCUGGGCAAACGGGCCACCAGCACCGGUGACCAGCAGCUGUAAAUGACCGCGAAGAUCGCGCGAGAAGCG